GAAACAAUGCACUAGCCACACUCCGCACAGCUGUCGCGGUCUUGAGGAUGGCGACAAUUCGAUUACCUCUUCCCGGCUCGGGCAGCAGGCCACGGGAUAUCGAGAUAGUAACGAGCAUACCCUUCAAUGCUCGUGGAGAUGCAGGCAGGAGGCAUACCCAGCGCGCCACUCGAGGCGGGCUAUGGCGGCUGCUGGUGGCCGCGGUUGCGAUGUCGGCGGGCACGAUGAUGUUUGGGGCGUGGUGGUGGAGCUCACAGCUGCCGGAGAGCCAGAAGCGCGCGGCGGAAAGCGAGGCGCUGCUGGCGCCACCCAGCCAGAGCUUCUGCAGCCGGAUACGGCCGCCCAUGGUGUGCGCGCAUGGUGGUGACACCACGCACGCACCGCCCAACACGGUUUCCGCCUUCCGAAAUGCCCUGGCGGCAGGGGCAGACUGCGUGGAGAUUGACGCAGCGAUGUCCAAGGACGGCGUGCUGGUUGUGAUGCACGUGCGUGAGCUGGCGCAGCUGCUGGGGGGCAGCCGCAAGGGCGUGCAGGUGGGGGACCUGCCAUCGUCAGAGCUGCUGGCUCUGCAAUGGCCCAGCGGUGAAUACGUGAUGAGUGUGGAGGAGGCGGUCAAGCUAACCUCGCCGUUCGUGGAUGUUGUGACUCUGGAUGUCAAGGACUACAAUGACAAGUCUGGCCAGCCAACCGACGAGCUGGCCAUGGCGGAGGCGCUGGUGGGGUUGGUAUCAGCCACCCGCUGCACCAACUGCCUCAUCUGGGCCAAGAGCGACCGCGUGGUGCGCCGCGUACUGGAGCUGUCGCCAGGCCAACGCACCGGCUACAUCGUCAUGAACGAGACGGAGGAGAGCCGCCAGCUGGGCAUGCACCACCCGCUGCGCUUUGGCGGGCCGACGGCGGCGCCCUCGCCGCGCCACUUGCGCGGUCAGGACCAGGCACCGGGCGCACUAGGCAGUGGCAGUGGCGGGGCACCGCGGCAGCCGACCAGCGUGUACGUGCAGCCGGCGGUGGUCGGUGUGCACUUCGCAAUGGUGGAGCCGCAGCUCCUGGACGUACUGCACGGCGCAGGCAAGCAGCUGUACGCCUGGACCAUCAACCAUGCGGAGGUGCUGCGGGCGGUGUUGGACGUAGGUGUGGACGCGCUGGUGACUAACUACCCGCUGACGGCGAUGGAGGCCAUUGAGUCGCGGCUUACCAAGUGCGGCGGCGGCAGCCGCAACGGCGGCGGUCGUAUCUGGCGGCCCAACGGCACUCGCAGCAGCGGCGGCGGUGUGGGCGAUGACGGGCCGUUGCUGCCGGGUGACUACUUGUGAUGCGCGUAAACGGGAAAGACGAGGAACAGCAUACUGCGGUUGGAGAUGGGGAGCAUCGACCAAAGCAGAACGGCGAGACGGCGGUGGGGCUGCAUCGGCUUGCCAGCCACAUUGCGACUGGUGGAGCUGGCGCCUUGAUGCAGGCAGCAGCGCUACACCAGCCUAACGGAGCCGGCGCCCUCAGCACCAGCUUCGAUCCUCCCCUGGAUGGCCUGCGGGCCCGCCCGCACGGCGUCCAUGCGGCUGCCAUGGGCUCGGCAUCCGCCACGCACUCGCGGCGGCGCGGGCCCUGCUGGCACCCGACCGCUCAGUUCACCACCGUCAACAUAGUGCUGUCCGCCUGGUGGGUGGCCCAGCCCCAACAGGCCCACGCGCUCCCUCGCCUUGCGCUGGCGCUAUCACGGCCACUGAGCGGGGCAGAUGGACUGGUAGUGCGUUGGGCCGGGCUCGGAGCCUGCUGGCCCGCACACUACCGGUCGUCUUCGCUGUCCCGGCACACGUAUUGUGGCACUGGCUUGCAGCCCCGCUGCGCGUGGUUGAGCUCCGGCUUGGCCGACUGCCGACGGCUGACCUGCUGGGAUUACAGACGCAAGCCGCAAGCGUGCAUGUCUGUAACGGUGUGGAGUUGCUACGACCAGCGGGUAUCAUCGUGGUAUGAUCAGCAGUUGAUGUCGAUCUGUUGCGGACUGUGCAGCCCUGCGGCUGUUGCACGCCCGUUCGAGUAGCGGGAAAGUGGCUGUGGCAAGGGCUACCCUGCGCGUCCCCGAGUGUCCUAAGCCUAAAUCACAGUGUCCGGACGCUAGCCUGCGCUAGCUGCCUGAGGCAUAGAGUCAGGCUGUGUGGCCGCCGUGCACUUGGUUGCACAUCAAAUUUCACUGAGGCGAGUGGGUGGGCGAGCAGGCGCGCUGGCGGCAGCUGUGUCAUGGGAAGCCGAUGUAGUCGUUGAGUACCGGCAAAAGUUCUCCCCGAAGUGGUGAACGCGGAACAUUUACACAAAUUGUAUUUAUACAAACUUUGCAGUGUUAAGUUUGCAAGGACUUGUUAACAGCGCUGGGGCUUGCGCAAAAGUUAUUGGCCGCGCAGAGUGUUGUCAGCAGCUUUGGCCGAGGUGACGGUACAUAUUUUCAAUU